UCAAAUGAUCAAAUAGCUCUUUUGCACAUCUAGAUUUUGUAAGGUAACCAAUUAAUGUGUGACAGAAAUGGGUGCGGCGCAGUUUCUGCAGAAAUCUGCCGUAUAUCAUAACGUCACUGUCGUAAACACCGACUGUCGUGAACACAGGCCGCCCACAGAAGAUGGCGGCGGAGCUGCAUCCGCGGAGCGGAAAGCUGAUCGGCCUGUCCAACUCGAACCGAACCGCUCGGCGCAACCAGCCCGUCCAGGAGUUCAACCACGGCCUGGUGUUGAGCAAGGAGCCCCUGAGAGACCGGGAUGUCUUCACCGUCCGCAUUGACAAGAAGGUGAACUCCUGGAGUGGUUCCAUCGAGAUUGGCGUGACAGCACUUGACCCCGCAGCGCUGGACUUCCCCAGCAGUGCCACAGGCCUUAAGGGCGGCUCCUGGAUCGUGUCAGGCUGCUCGGUGCUACGUGACGGCCGCUCCGUCCUAGAGGAGUACGGACGCGACCUUGACCAGCUAGCUGAAGGCGACCGGGUGGGCAUUCAGCGCAGCUCCCGCGGCGAGCUCCACCUUUGGGUGAACGGACAGGACUGUGGCGCAGCGGCAAGUGGGUUGCCGCCGAAGCUGUGGGCGGUGGUGGACCUUUACGGCAAGUGCACUCAAGUGACAGUGGUGAGCUGUGAGCCGCCGCCACCCUCUGCAGAGAAAGAGACAAUAGAAAGGGACGAGGAGGUGGAUGAUGAGGAGGAGGAAGAGGAGGUGGUGGUGUGCGGAGGGCGGGAGGAUGCAGGGAUCACGGCACUGAUGAAUGUGGCAGCAAUGAAUGGAAUGAUGAACGGAGAUGAAGUGCCUGAGCUGAGCUGCAGUCACAGCAGACCGGACAAGUUUCCCAACAACCUGGAGCCAGACACCGUUCUAACGGAGCACCAGCUCUAUGAUGUGUUCAACAACGCAAUAGUAUCUUUUUACCGCUCUGAGGAUGAGGGCGGAGGGGAGGAUGGAGGAGGUGGAGGAGGAACAGGAGGCGGUGGCAGCGGUGGAGGAAAUGCAGGAACUGAGCCAACCAGAAAUGACAGGGGGAGCAGCAGCAGCGGAGGAGGCGCAGUUAACACUGACAGUGGGACUGGGACUGGGACAACAGGAGGAAGUGGAAGUAGUGGGAGUGGUAGUGGAGGAGAAAGUGGGAAUACCAACAACAGUCCUGCUGGCAACGGAGGAGUUGGGCAGGGGAUCAUGACAGGUGGAAUGACUACGAAUGAUGCGCUGCUAUUCCAUGAAAAGUGCGGCACACUGAUCAAACUGAGCAACAACAACAAAACGGCGGAGCGGAGGAGACCGCUUGACGAGUUUAACAAUGGCGUGGUGAUGACAAACCGACCGCUCCGACACAACGAGAUGUUUGAGAUUCGUAUUGAUAAGCUAGUAGACAAGUGGUCAGGAUCAAUAGAGAUCGGAGUGACCACACACAAUCCAAACAACCUGGACUAUCCUGCAACUAUGACCAAUCUGCGCUCAGGUACAAUCAUGAUGAGUGGCUGUGGGAUACUGACGAAUGGGAAAGGAACCCGCAGAGAAUACUGUGAAUUCAGCCUUGAUGAACUUCAGGAGGGAGAUCACAUUGGGUUGAUGCGCAAAGCCAGUGGAGCUCUCCACUUCUACAUCAAUGGAAUUGACCAAGGUGUUGCAGCAGCCCAGACCCCUGGCGUUGUUUACGGUGUGGUGGACCUCUACGGCAUGGCUGUCAAAGUCACCAUAGUCCACAACCACAACCACAGCGACCGCCUAAGACGCAACAACGCCAUCAUGAGGGCUCUAUCCCCCGAUGUUGGCCGACCAAGGCCAGCUCUCUCCCUCACCCCAGACCCAGAGGGGCCUGACCGACUGCUUUUCCACCCCAACUGUGGUCAGAAGGCCGCCAUCAUCGGUGACGGCAGGACAGCGCUACGGCCACACGCCACUGAUGACUUCAAUCAUGGCGUGGUCCUGAGCAGCCGACCUCUGCGCUCCAACGAGGUUUUCCAGGUCCGCAUUGACAAGAUGGUGGACAAAUGGGCAGGCUCCAUUGAAAUCGGUGUCACAACGCACAACCCUGCAUACCUGCAGCUGCCUUCCACCAUGACUAACCUGCGCUCUGGGACAUGGAUGAUGACAGGAAAUGGUGUCAUGCACAACGGAACAACAAUUCUCGAUGAGUACGGACAUAACCUGGACAGGCUUAAAGCGGGUGACACAGUAGGCGUUGUCCGGAAAGAAGAUGGCAGCCUCCACUUCUUUGUGAACGGUGUGGCUCAGGGCCCGGCAGCCUGGAAUGUCCCCCCCAGUGUGUACGCCGUGGUCGACCUCUAUGGCCAGGCUGCUCAGGCCACCAUCAUGGACGACAUGGUGGAUCUCCCCCCUCUCCCUGAGGACAGCUCAGAGGGUCCCACUGCUAUGUCCCCUGGGAGUCCCUGCUCAGUGGCUGGUGCCAGCACAACCAACGAUCUGCGUUUCCACCAGCUACAUGGCACCAAUGCAGUCAUUACCAAUGGAGGGCGCACCGCCCUGCGUCAGAACUGCCGCAGCGAGUUCAAUGACGCUAUCGUCAUUUCCAACAGGUGCCUUCGAGAUGGAGAGCUGUUUGAAAUAGUUAUUCAGAAGAUGGUGGACCGCUGGUCGGGUUCAAUAGAAGCAGGAGUGACAGCAAUCAGGCCAGAGGAGCUCGAGUUUCCCAACACUAUGACUGACAUCGACUACGACACAUGGAUGCUCAGUGGAACAGCCAUCAUGCAGGAUGGCAACACAAUGCGUAACAACUACGGUUGUGACUUGGACUCUCUAACCACUGGCUCACGUAUUGGCAUGAUGCGCUCAGCCAGUGGUGACCUCCACUAUUACAUCAACGGUGUGGACCAAGGGGUCGCCUGCUCUGGUUUGCCUCCAGAGGUGUUUGCUGUGAUUGACCUGUACGGUCAGUGUGUUCAGGUGUCCAUCACUAGCUCCUCUGGCCCGCUCGAUAACAGCCUCUGUACCAGCAACGUCACCGAGAAAAGCUUUCCCAUCCAUUCUCCAGGUACACACCAGGGUCCCCGCUCAGUAGCAGGUGUCGCCCAUCGACUUCACAGCAAACACGGCAAGAACGUGGUACUGCUGGGAGAAGGCUGCCAGGCAGUCAGAGUUGGGGGUUAUGCUCAUGGCAUUGUCUUCAGCGCCAGGGAACUCAAAGCAGAUGAACUAUUUGAGUUGAGGAUCGAUGAGGUGGAUGAGCAGUGGUGUGGUUCGCUGCACAUCGGGCUGACCACGCUGUCCCCUCCGGAGCUGCCGUCCUGCCCGCUGUCAGGUCUCUCCCCCUCCCUCCCACAGCUUCGCACCAAGGUCACUUGGCUGCUCUGCGGCUCAGAGGUCCGUCGCAAUGGUGUGCUGCAGCGCCAGAACUACUGCUGCUCACUGGACCGACUGACGGUUGGGAACCGUGUUGGUGUCAAAAGGUGCAGUGAUGACACAAUGCACAUCUUCAUUGACGGAGAAGACAUGGGACCUGCUGCCACUGCAGUAGCAAAGAAUGUUUACGCAGUUUUGGACCUGUAUGGGCGUAUAACGGCAGUAUCCAUCGUCAGCUCAUCUUUAAUGGAAGACACAGAAAGCAUAAAGGCGCCCUCGCUCUCCUCAGACAGCUGCAGUGAAGGAGAGGAGGACAGCACCCCUGUUAGAGAGGUUGAGGUGGAGCCGUGUGCGCUUGUUCCGACUGUCAUGGCAUUCUUGGAAAACCAUGGCAAAAACAUCCAGCUGUCCAAUCAGAACCUGACAGCAGCCAGAGUGUCGAGCUACAACCAGGGCCUGCUAGUCACUGCCCAGCCACUGGCUCGCCAGCAGCUGUUCCAGUUUCAGAUCGACCGUCUGAACCCAUCGUGGACAUCAUCGCUGUCGUUAGGGGUGAUAGGCCACUCCCCCGACCGGCUCAACUUCCCCUCCACAGCGUGUUGUCUGAAACGCUCUGCCUGGCUGCUUCAGAGGGAUUCUGUCUUCCACAACUCACUUAAGAUAUGUGAGAACUACGGUCCUAAUCUGGACACUUGUCCAGAGGGGACAGUGUUGGGUCUGCUGGUGGACACCAACAGCUGUCUCCACCUUUAUGUCAACGGUAUGGACCAGGGUGUGGCGGCGCAGGACAUCCCUUCACCCUGUUACCCUUUCAUAGAUCUCUACGGCCAGUGUGAACAGGUUACUAUAGUUACAAACAAUGUGCCAGCUGUGGGGGGAGAAAAUGGUGAGCCACGAUGUCAGGGUGACAUGGAGAAGGCAGAUAUGGUUGACGGAAUCAAAGAGAGUGUGUGCUGGACGCCCCCUCCAGAAGUCAACCCCAACAAGACCUGUGAGUACCAGGCACUGUGCUCACGCUUCAAGGACCUGCUCACGCUACCAGAUGGCUAUUUUAAUGAAGACGCAAAGUACAACCUGUGCUACUGUGAGUCCUGCCACAAGCUCCGGGGUGAUGAGGCUUAUUACAAAAGAGGAGAGCCGCCCCGGGACUACGCCCUGCCCUUUGGCUGGUGCCGUUUCGCCCUCAGGAUCAAGCCCCACUGUGAGGUUUCUAAUGCACUGAAGAAGUGGCAUAUAGCUUACCACGGCACCAGUGUAGGAGCCCUGCGACGCACACUGGACCACAGCCAGCUGCUGCCUGGAACAUCGUCCAUCUUCUCAGUGUCCCCGGUGAAGGCGGAAGGACCCAACGGCUACAGUGAGCCUGAGGAGAACAGCGCCCCUGGCAGGGAAGUACCCAGAGUGCGGCUCUCCCCCACUAUGCGCUACUCCGGCAUGGAGAUCUUUGCCCCUAAAGUGCAAUUUCAAGACCCCCGUUCUCACCGCUGCCAUCAGGCCCAGGUGGGAUUCCAGGUGUGUGUGCGUCCUGGCUCCUACAAAGUGGGACCGCAGACGCUUGGCAACAGCGAGCCUCUGGACCCUCGUUUCAGCAACUCAGAGAUCGAGUGGAUCACAAAGGAGCAGGGUGGCACACUCCUCUACGGACUGCUCAUCCGGGUCGAGUGAACAGGGCGGUGAGGGAGAGGCAUUCGGGUGGACGUGAGGAGGAUCUAUGGAGGUUCUCCUUAUACUUUUAAUGAAACUGACAACCAAAUCCAACCCCUGCCUUGAGCUAGAGACUCCUCUGGAAUCCAGCUGUCCCUACUGUGGAUUGUUGACAACUCAGCAUUAUUGAUUUGUUUUGUUUAUUUUUGGUUGUUUGCUCUUGGACUCUUUUAAUGGCCGGGGGCUACGGCGGUCUCAAAGAAGAACAGACACUGCCUGCACUUUAUGUUUCAGACACUCGUGGGCGAUUUUUAAACUUCUCAUCAACAUGAUGCGUUAGCCAUUUGCUACAUUUAGUUUUUCUCUUUUUGCCAUAUGUUGGUUCUCAUUCUUAUACGAUUUUUACUCACUGCUUUUUUUCUCCCUUAUCUUGUGGCGCUUAAUUUUACACUUAUCACCUUUGUUUUGGUCAGUGUUAUAUUUUGGGAGGCGCUGUCCCCUGCCAAACUGCACGUUAAAGAAUCGUCACCUAAAAGACUGAAACAUGGAUUAAAAAAAAGUAAAAGAGUGACAAUGUUUUCAAAAAAUAUUUAAACAGAAACAGAAAGACACUUGAAUCUGAGAAUGAACCCAACGGUGUCUUUUUGAUUGUGACUUCUUCAAGAGGGGAAGAUUUGAAAAACUGGAGGAAGAAAAAAGUGUUUACACGUACCGCUGUAUGUUGCUGUCCUCUGUGUCUCCAUGUUAGCAGUCUGGCUGCUUCAUCAGUCCUGUUUGCUUUUUUUUUCUGACCCAGCAUCACUUGUGUUUUGUUCUGUCUGAUGGAAACUAUUCACAGGCUUUACACUGUGGAAAAAAACUGGAAAAUUUUACAGAGAAUUUUACUGGUGAAUACAUAACCUCCUCUUUUAGGCAAGACAGAACUUUGUUUGGAGGUAAUAAAUGGCGUUUUAUCUA